UGUGAUUUGAAUCAUGGCGCGCCGCCUUGCUGUGGGCGAUGAAGUCGAGUUGUUACGAGUCCGUGGCAAGGUGUUGAAGGUCCUUCCUGAAUCUGGCGUCGCUCUGCUCCACAUCCAUGCGACCUCCACCACAAGAUGGGCAUUUCUCCAUGAGCUGGCUCCCGUGUCGGCGUCGACUUCAUGGGCGCCGACGUCAUUUCCUUCCAUGCUGCAACACUGGCAAGUACACAGUUGUCCUACAAGCAACGAGAACCUGCUUCUGUUCCUCCAUGGGCUUGGAGACACCCAUGAGAGUCUGUUUACGCUCGGCCAAGCGAUGCAGCUGCCCCAGACUGCAUUUGCAUCCUUUCGCGCACCACAUGCCCUUCCAUUCGAUUUGGGCUACCAUUGGUUCGAUCAUGCUCUUGAUGCACAAGGCGACGUCCUUCCCCACCACGUUCCUGACCCCAGACGCCUUCAGAGGUACUACCAGUAUCACCAUAAUCCAUUCACAUCAGUGGCAGCUUGGACCAAGUGGUCGCCGCGUGGCUGGAUGCUCUGCACACGUUGCAAACUGACUACAACUGGCCUCUCCAUCGAGUGUUCCUCAUGGGAUUUGGCCAUGGCGGCACCGUCGCGUUGCAUGUGGUGGCUGCAUGUUCCCAUCGCCUCGGAGGCGUCGUGAGUGUGUCGGGGGCGUUGCUCUCCACCGCAACUGUUUCGCCCAGCUCGACGCCCGGUCUGGUGCUGCAUAGCUCCAAUGACCCGCUCAUUCGAACCGACAUGUUUACAGCAACUACCUCUGUCAUGUCUGGUGUCAAAGCCAAGAGCGUGCCGUACCAUCCAGUGGCCCUGUCCAACAAGGAUGAGAUGUCGAGUAUCAUGACGUUCUUUGAUCAAACGCUGUACCUACGAAACUUGGCCCUGGAGCAACAAGCCGAUGUCUUUGAGCUGUAAAGUUGUAGCACUUAUAACGAACGCCAUUGGAGGCAUCUUUACACACAGAUAAUGAGGAAAAGUCAUGCCAAAAUUGGUACUUUUUCG